AGUUGUUCCGCGCCAGCCGUCGGGCGACAACAAUGACCACUCGACGCCGCCAACGCGACAGCAUUUAUCGAUUUUCGCCAGCCCCAGUGGAGGAGCGCUAGGAGUAGCAGUCAAGCCAAAAUCCAGUUUAGCAGACCCACUGGGUCGGAUUAAACGGCCUUCACAUGAGCAUGCUAGGAUUUGUUUACCUGGUUCUCAUCCUGGGCUGGAUACUGAUCGUUCUGUUCCUGAAGUGCAAAAAGUCCUUGGCCGCUCCGUUUCGGUUUGGCGAGAACUACACCGAUGCCAUCGCCGAUACGGAACGUCGCCCAUCGGUUCACGUUAUCCAGUUGCAGCACGAUGAUGUGGAGCGCGAGGAUCACUAUAUGAACCACUUUCACCAAAACACGGAGAAUCUGCAGCGCUACUCGCAUCGCUCGCAACGUUCCACGUUGGAGGAGCGUACGAUCGAGCGGACAUAUCCCACGGAUGCGGUGAUAAAUCCUGCCUAUAUGCACGACGAGGACUACGUGAUCAAUGCACCUCCUCCGUCCUACGAGGAAGUGAUGCGGCAGCCGCAGGUGUAUCCACAGGUGCGCCACAACAACCACAAGAUCAGCGAUGCUGACAUCUAGUCAACUUAGGCCGAUUAUCAAAUUGUAAAUAUGCGUACUUUGUCUUGGUCAGCUGUGAUUUACAUAUUGGUUUGGUUUUUUAUUUCGUUUGCACCUAAAAAAACAUAAUCAAUUCGAUUGAUUCAACUUAGGUGGCCUGCGCCCUCUUGCACUGCGAAUAAUAGUAGU